UAUUUAUUUACACUAUACUGUUAUGGAAAAAGGAAAUAUGUUAGAAUCUGGUAGAUUUCAAAUGAUAAUGAUCACAGUAAGUUGUAAAUAACGGGUUAAAGUGGCUUUAGUUUUCACCUGUUGCCCCCUCACCUUUUUACACUCCCACCUUUACUGGUGCGCACGCGGGGGGGAGCAGUGAGGGCGGAUCGUGUUUCCAACACUAAUCUGCCUCAUCCCUCCUCUCUAACGCCAGCUGGUGUGUGUUGAGAAGCACCAGCAGACGAGCCGCAGGUGACACUUCACGUCCUGUGAUGCUAUUUACGAAACGAGGUGAGCUAUUCUCCUUUUUAUUGGGUUUCCUGCCCGGCUCUUAAUAUGGCACGAGCCAGCUCACAUUUGGGAAAGGGGGGUCGAGUGGGAGUUGCUAAAGUGAAGUUAACGGAAGUGCUUGCAGCUGAGAGACCCCCCCUCUCCUCCCUGACUAAUGUGGACUUUUCAGUGACAAAUCAGUUUAAGUUUAGCUAGCUUUAUUCGCAAUUUGGUAUAAAAAUAUAUAUAUUUAAGGAGCAUUUUUUGUUUAUUUUAAACUCUCGAAAGAUUUAAAACAUGGCGGACUUACUAUACUUGUAUGUUAUUUAUCAAAAGGGCAAAUUAUGUGAGUCUAAACCAACACCGCUAUUAGCUAACGCUAGCUAAACAGAUUGUCCGAUAAUGGAUUUAGGGGACGCGGUGCUUUUCUUUGAUGUGUCACGUGAUGUACGAUACUACAUCCACAUCAUUCCGCCUCGCCGGGUAACUCAUGGAGGCUCAGUCCACAGCCUGACGUUCUGGAGAGAAGGAAUGAAGUAAGCACUGAUGGCCCACACCAUCUCCACGUUUCUACUGUGAAAAAGGACCAAAGGAAAUAGAAAGGCAAUCACUUUCAGCCAUGGAGGACACCCAGCAGAAGGCCGCCCCUGUGGAACCCAGCCCUCCACACAGCCCGGCUCCCAGUCCACUGCCGAGUCCAGCACGCAGCCCGAUGCUCGACAGAAUCACUUUACCUACUGCAAACCACGUAGAGCACCUAAACGUUAACCAGAUCCAGGUGGUGGUCCGGCGCUGCUCAACUCCAAAUGUAACGGAGGAGACCACCUAUUUCAUUCCUCGCAACCCAGUCGUGGACGCCGGGACCAACACGGACCCACCCGUGGUCUGUUGCCCUUUGCUCCGCAAGUUUUGCCCAUGCCCGCCCAGAGGCCUGCUCGCCUCUCUGAUUACCAAAGUCCUUCUAGCAGCUGUGCUCUUCGGGGUGGUUUGGUCCAUCACAGGAGAGGAAUGUCUUCCAAAGGGAAACCUGUUUGGCAUCACAGUCCUUUUCAUCUGCGCAGUCGUUGGUGGCAAACUAGUCAGUCUCAUCCGGCUGCCUAAACUACCACCAUUUCCACCCCUCCUGGGUAUGCUGCUGAUGGGCUUAUUGCUGAGAAACAUUCCAAUGGUAACAGACGCCAUGCACAUUGACUACAGGUGGUCUGGUUCCCUUAGGAACAUCGCUCUGGCUGUUAUCCUGGCCAGAGCUGGUCUGGGAUUAGAUCCUAAGGCUCUGAAGAAGUUGAAAGCUGUGUGUGUUCGAGUGGCAGCUGGCCCCUGCCUGAUCGAGGCCUGCACCACAGCGCUGGUCUCUCACUUCCUCAUGGGUUUACCCUGGGUGUGGGCCUUCAUUCUUGGUUUUGUUCUGGGUGCUGUGAGUCCAGCCGUGGUGGUUCCCUCCAUGCUGCUGCUGCAGAAAGAGGGUUACGGUGUGGAGAAAGGCAUUCCCACUCUGUUGAUGGCCGCUGGCAGCUUUGAUGACAUCCUUGCCAUCACUGGGUUCACUACAUGCUUAGGCAUGGCCUUUGCUACAGGUUCCACGGGGUACAACCUCCUCCGGGGUGUUCUGGAAGUGACCGGCGGGACGGUGGCUGGAAUUCUCCUCGGCUUCCUCAUUCAGUACUUCCCAAGUGUGGACCAGAAAUACGUGGUGAUGAAGCGUUCCUUCUUGGUGUUGGGUCUGUCUGUCUUUGCUGUGUUUGGCAGUGAUGUGGCAGGCUUUCCUGGCUCUGGGGGCCUUUGCACCCUGUUGUUGGCGUUCCUGGCUGGCCUCGGCUGGGGGGCAGAAAAGGCACGUGUGGAGGAGGUUGUGGGGUGGGCUUGGGAUGUCUUUCAGCCUCUGCUGUUUGGACUAAUAGGAGCGGAAAUUCGCCUCUCCGAAUUAGAGGGACUCGCAGUCGGUUUCGGUUUAGCUUCUUUACUCAUUGCUCUUCUGGUUCGAGUUCUUUUCACCUACGUCUGUGUGCUGUUUGCGGGAUUCAACACUCGAGAAAAGGUCUUCAUAGCACUAGCAUGGAUGCCCAAAGCAACCGUGCAGGCAGCUGUAGGCUCCAAAGCUUUAGACAUGGCCAGAGUAAACGGUGACUCACAGCAGAUCAAGAACGGCAUGGACGUGCUGACCGUGGCUGUGCUCGCCAUUCUCAUCACAGCUCCUAUAGGAGCUCUUAUUAUAGGCCUCUGCGGGCCUCGCCUGCUGCAAAAACCAAAGAUGGCCGACUGUGGUGAGCGAGUCAAACCCAAUUUGUCCACGUUUUUUUUAGGAACUGAGGCAGGAGGAGACGAUGACGGUGAAACUCCAGUCACGUUUGAGAGUACACUCUAACCCCAUCUGCUGUUCCCACCUCAGACGUUUGAGCUGCUCUUUAGCCACCAAGUGGCUCGCCGUGGGUCAGCUCCUGAUGUUUAAAUCCGUCCCGUAUUUAUAGCCUCUGGUGGUUUCCCGGCCCCACGUUCUAAACAAAGACUGUGUGUGUCUGUUCUGUCCUGCUGAGUGAAUCUUUUAAAACAAGAUAUUUGACUCAGACAGGAAACAUUUAUCCAGGGUUCUGUUGUGAGGUUCCCAAAGAGCUUAAACGUUUAGAAACAUGGAUUGUUUAUACAGUUCUACACUGAAUCCAGCAUUUGUUUUCUGUUGAUUUUAAUAGUUGGACUAGAAAGGAGAAAGGGUGUAGAAACAAACUGCUGUUUUACUCUAGUAACAGACACACUGGGGUGAACGUGGGUCUUUGAAUGUGCUUAUAACCUAUGGUGUUCACACUGGACAAGCAGGGAGGGGCUUCUUCUUCUUUUUCUACUGUUAACUAGAACUUGUCUGCCACCUAAAAUUUGGAAGAGGCUUGGUACAAAAUAUUAAAGUGAUGUAAAUCUUAUGAAUCUCCAGGAUUUAUCUUUCACAGCUCUUUUCUGAAAGACUUGAAGUCAUGUAAUUUAUUCUGGGCAGAAAUGGCAAUUAUUCAUUCGUCGUCUGUGAUCAGUUUUCAAACAGUUGGCACUUCCGUAAGUUAAAGGGGACAUCAUAUGCGCCACUACUGAAUCUUAGUCACUGAUUGGUCAAAGUUUGACCUGGUUUAAUUUUCACUCACUAACCAUGCAUUUCAUAUGUACAACCAGAAAUUAGUCAUGGAAAUUUGCAUCAGUGCAAGUUUUGAACACGCAAAAGGCGCAUUUACAUAGACAUUUCAUCAGAAGUGGUCGCUUGAACAUGUGUUGCCGACGGAGGUGUGAACACACUGAAACCACUUCUGUCUUUUUCUGGGGUUUUGUGCAGUCCUCAUUUAAAGCAAUACCGUUUUUAUUUAUGUGAAUGUGAUAGUUAAGCAUGUUUGUGAUAAGUAUGUUUUUAUAUGGUGAUGACUGAAUUAUAUAAUUUACAAUAACAACCACAUUUUUUUACUGCACUACACUUGGGUUAAUAUAAAAUGCUAAAGGAAAUGCCAAGAGACAGACAUGCACAUUCUAUGCUUUGUUCUUUACGUUAAUCUAUUCAGUGUUGCUUUCAGAAGAGAACAAUUGUUUUAUUUUAUCACUGUAUACCUUUAAGAAUGUAUAGAUCCAUGCAGUGUUAUGUUUGUGUCUUUAAUUUGUUUAAAUUAAUAUAUGUGUUAGAGAAUGAUACAUUUAGUAGGUUUUUUUGUACCAAUAUUUUAUCUUUUUUUGUACCACAGCUAAAGUUCUUAUUGCAAAUAUAAACCAAAACACUUUGUACAAAUGGAACUUGCAUUGAUUGUUUUAUUACACUGAAUUUAUGGCUUUACGUGUUGAUCUGUCGUUAAGAUGCUGCAAAAAAUAAUAAUUGGGACUUAACAACAAGAUUAAGUAUUGAUGCUACUUUUAAAGAAGCUCAAUUAUAUUAUGGAUCAUAUUUGACCAAUAGUUUUUUUUAAGUCCAGCCAGUGUUAACUUACAGCUGGGAGAAUUUAGAUUGCGUUUUUACAAAUGGUUUUCACCUGUUAAGUCUCAAUCCUGUGCUACCAAUCUAGUAUUUCAAAACGUAGAUGCCACAAAAGAUUAUGGUAAUGUAGCAAAUUUUUGACCACAGAAUGUGCUAUCCAUUUAUGUACUUUCUUAAAACAUUUAAAAUGAUGUACAAACUACUAAUUUGUGUUUUUAUUUAGCCCCAUUAUUGUUGCUUCCAUUGACUGUAUAUAUAACUGAACAGAGUAGGUUUCCACGAUAUGGAUGUCGCCAUGUUGGAGCCAGAUGUCAGUGAUUGGUUUGAGUCAACGUUUCAAGAGAAACUACUAUCGCCUAUAAGGAGUGAGCUUGUUGAAGUUCACACCUCUUCCACUGAAAACGGCUCAAGAGACUCUGUCAAACGUUUGAGGUGAGGGCCAGUGGACAUCGGAUUGGUCAGUUUAUAACUUGGGAAAAAAAAAA